AUGGAGGAAACGGAGACGAAGAGGAAGCAGAGAAAAAUACUGAAAAGUAUUAGUUUGGUCUUACCACGGUCAUUCCUUUCGGCUGCUGACGACCUAAACAAAAAAGUAUGGGUCGGAAAUGAUGUCAAUAAGCUUAUCCUACAGAUCGCUGCUGGACUGUACAAUGGCCUCAGUUUACCAACAUGUCAUAUAGCAGCCACAAACAUAAAAACUGUUCACAAUUAUAAUUUCCCAAAAAAGUCCGGCAGGUUCCGGUUAAUUCUCCCACUGUUUGGUGGUAAGGAGGUUAAAAGGAAAGUUGAGAGACUUGAGGAGUGGGCUCCAAGUAUCCAGCAAGGCUAUUACGUGGGAGGACGUGGCAGUCAUUGUAGUGGAAGCAUAAAAAUACCGCUUCAAAAUGCAAUCAACACGCGCAAACGAGCAAGCAGAACUUCGCUGUGUGGGCAGCUUUUCCUCUGUAUGACUGGAUCACUGCUCAGCUUCAGCAUAUGCAUAUGGCUAACAGUAUUCAGUCAGGACGUUCAGUGGAGAAGAUUGUUAUUUGCUGCCGGUGCUGCACUGUGUGCCUUGCUUUUUGCUGUACUUGGAGCACAGACAAUACGAAAUGCUAAACAAUCACUCCCAGAAGUAAUACCGAAUUUAGCAGCUCGACGCUCAACUAUUGUGAAAAUAUCAAGAAAAUCGAUGUGUGAGGGCAAUUUGAAUCAAGAGGAAAGUGGUACUACCAGUUCACAAUAA